AUGUAUGUCUCCUGGGCCAAAACAAAGAUCCAGGUAUUUGGGGACACCUUAAAUGCGUCCAUUGAACCUGUAUCUGUGUCUGGGCCCUUCCUCACUGUCAGGCCCCUCCUCUACUGUCAGGUCCCUCCUCCACUGUCAGGCCCCUCCUACACUGUCAAAGCCCUCCUACCCCAUCAGGCCCCUCCUCCACUGUCAGGCCCCUCCUCCACAGUCAGGCCCCUCCUACACUGUCAAAGCCCUCCUACCCCAUCAGGCCCCUCCUCUACUGUCAGGCCCCUCCUCCACUGUCAGGCCCCUCCUACACUGUCAGGCCCCUCCUCCACUGUCAGGCCCCUCCUACACUGUCAAAGCCCUCCUACCCCAUCAGGCCCCUCCUCUACUGUCAGGCCCCUCCUCCACUGUCAGGCCCCUCCUACACUGUCAGGCCCCUCCUACACUGUCAGGCCCCUCCUCCACUGUCAGGCCCCUCCUACACUGUCAAAGCCCUCCUACCCCAUCAGGCCCCUCCUCCACUGUCAGACCCCUCCUCACUGUCAGACCCCUCCUCUACUGUCAAACCCUCCUCCACUGCCAGACCCUUCCUCACUGUCAGACCCCUCCUCCACUGUCAGACCCCUCCUCACUGUCAGACCCCUCCUCUACUGUCAGACCCCUCCUACACUGCCAAAGCCCUCCUACCCCAUCAGGCCCAUCCUCCACUGCCAGGCCCCUUCCUCACUGUCAGGCCCCUCCUCUACUGUCAGGUCCCUCCUCCACUGUCAGGCCCCUCCUACACUGUCAGACCCCUCCUACCCCAUCAGGCCCCUCCUCCACUGUCAGGCCCCUCCUACACUGUCAAAGCCCUCCUACACUGUCAAAGCCCUCCUCUACUCUCAGACUCCUCCUCCACUGUCAGACCCCUCCUCCACUGUCAGACCCCUCCUCCACUGUCAGACCCCUCCUCUACUGUCAGACCCCUCCUCUACUGUCAGACCCUUCCUCACUGUCUUACCCCUCCUCCACUGUCAGACCCCUCCUCCACUGUCAGACCCUUCCUCACUGUCAAAGCCCUCCUACCCCAUCAGACCCCUCCUCUACUGUCAGACCCCUCCUCUACUGUCAGGCCCCUCCUCCACUGUCAGACCCCUCCUCCACUGUCAGACCCCUCCUCUACUGUCAGACCCCUCCUCUACUGUCAGACCCCUCCUCUACUGUCAGACCCUUCCUCACUGUCUUACCCCUUCUCCACUGUCAGACCCCUCCUCCACUGUCAGACCCUUCCUCACUGUCAAAGCCCUCCUACCCCAUCAGGCCCCUCCUCCACUGUCAGGCCCCUCCUACACUGUCAAAGCCCUCCUACCCCAUCAGGCCCCUCCUCCACUGUCAGGCCCCUCCUACACUGUCAAAGCCCUCCUACCCCAUCAGGCCCCUCCUCCACUGUCAGGCCCCUCCUACACUGUCAAAGCCCUCCUACCCCAUCAGGCCCCUCCUACACUGUCAGGCCCCUCCUACACUGUCAAAGCCCUCCUACCCCAUCAGGCCCCUCCUCCACUGUCAGACCCCUCCUCCACUGUCAGACCCCUCCUCCACUAUCAGAUCCCUCCUCACUGUCAGACCCCUCCUCUACUGUCAAACCCUCCUCCACUGCCAGACCCUUCCUCUACUCUCAGACUCCUCCUCCACUGUCAGACCCUUCCUCACUGUCAGACCCCUCCUCCACUGUCAGACCCCUCCUCACUGUCAGACCCCUCCUCUACUGUCAGACCCCUCCUACACUGCCAAAGCCCUCCUACCCCAUCAGGCCCAUCCUCCACUGUCAGGCCCCUCCUCCACUGCCAGGCCCCUUCCUCACUGUCAGGCCCCUCCUCUACUGUCAGGUCCCUCCUCCACUGUCAGGCCCCUCCUACACUGUCAGACCCCUCCUACCCCAUCAGGCCCCUCCUCUACUCUCAGACUCCUCCUCCACUGUCAGACCCCUCCUCCACUGUCAGACCCCUCCUCUACUGUCAGACCCCUCCUCUACUGUCAGAUCCCUCCUCCACUGUCAGACCCCUCCUCUACUGUCAGGCCCCUCCUCUACUGUCAGACCCUUCCUCACUGUCUUACCCCUCCUCCACUGUCAGACCCCUCCUCUACUGUCAGACCCUUCCUCACUGUCUUACCCCUCCUCCACUGUCAGACCCCUCCUCCACUGUCAGACCCCUCCUCUACUGUCAGGCCCCUCCUCUACUGUCAGACCCGUCCUCACGGUCGUACCCCUCCACCACUGUCAGACCCCUCCUCCACUGUCAGCUCCCUCCUCCACUGUCAGACCCCUCCUCUACUGUCAGGCCCCUCCUCUACUGUCAGACCCCUCCUCUACUGUCAGACCCCUCCUCUACUGUCAGACCCCUCCUCUACUGUCAGACCCCUCCUCCACUGUCAGACCCCUCCUCUACUGUCAGACCCCUCCUCCACUGUCAGACCCCUCCUCCACUGUCAGACCCCUCCUCUACUGUCAGACCCCUCCUCUACUGUCAGACCCUUCCUCACUGUCAGACCCCUCCUCCACUGUCAGACCCUUCCUCACUGUCAGACCCCUCCUCUACUGUCAGGCCCCUCCUCUACUGUCAGACCCCUCCUCCACUGUCAGACCCCUCCUCCACUGUCAGACCCCUCCUCUACUGUCAGACCCCUCCUCUACUGUCAGACCCCUCCUCUACUGUCAGACCCCUCCUCUACUGUCAGACCCUUCCUCACUGUCUUACCCCUCCUCCACUGUCAGACCCCUCCUCCACUGUCAGACCCCUCCUCUACUGUCAGACCCCUCCUCCACUGUCAGACCCCUCCUCUACUGUCAGACCCCUCCUCCACUGUCAGACCCCUCCUCCACUGUCAGACCCCUCCUCUACUGUCAGACCCUUCCUCACUGUCUUACCCCUCCUCCACUGUCAGACCCCUCCUCCACUGUCAGACCCUUCCUCACUGUCAGACCCCUCCUCUACUGUCAGGCCCCUCCUCUACUGUCAGACCCCUCCUCCACUGUCAGACCCCUCCUCCACUGUCAGACCCCUCCUCUACUGUCAGACCCCUCCUCUACUGUCAGACCCCUCCUCUACUGUCAGACCCCUCCUCUACUGUCAGACCCUUCCUCACUGUCUUACCCCUCCUCCACUGUCAGACCCCUCCUCCACUGUCAGACCCCUCCUCUACUGUCAGACCCCUCCUCCACUGUCAGACCCCUCCUCCACUGUCAGACCCCUCCUCUACUGUCAGACCCCUCCUCUACUGUCAGACCCCUCCUCUACUGUCAGACCCUUCCUCACUGUCUUACCCCUCCUCCACUGUCAGACCCCUCCUCCACUGUCAGACCCCUCCUCCACUGUCAGACCCCUCCUCUACUGUCAGACCCCUCCUCUACUGUCAGACCCCUCCUCUACUGUCAGACCCCUCCUCCACUGUCAGACCCCUCCUCCACUGUCAGACCCCUCCUCUACUGUCAGACCCCUCCUCUACUGUCAGACCCCUCCUCCACUGUCAGACCCCUCCUCUACUGUCAGACCCCUCCUCUACUGUCAGACCCCUCCUCUACUGUCAGACCCCUCCUCUACUGUCAGACCCCUCCUCUACUGUCAGGCCCCCCAUCCACAUAUUCUUGCAUAA